CGUGUGGCUAGUCUACAAGUCUACGAGAAAAACUCACAUUCACCGAGUCUCUGGCAAGUUUUGUAUGAAAAUUAAGCGAUGAAAGUGAUAACUACAAUUUUCUUGUGCGUGUUUUUGUUGUCUUUUAUCAUCCGUGAUGUGCUUUGUGCGAGCAUUUCUGACACGGCGUCAGCAAUGCCGCCAAUGCCGCCAAUGCCAAAGGGAUUUGGAACGGCGAAACGUGCCAUCAUCAUCGGUAUAGAUGGCUUGGGCGGUUCGUAUUUGAGAAAUGCAACCGAACAUUACCAAACAUUAAGGUCAUUCUUUGAACAAGGUUCCUACACUACCCGUGCAAGAGGAGUGUUUCCCACAGUAAGUGGGCCAAACUGGAGUUCGUUUCUGACCGGCAUGAACGUGAUGGAACAUGGAGUGUUCGAUAAUGAAUGGACAGUGGAAACUAAUGGUGAUCCGGAGAAUGAAACUACUUACAGUAUUCCUCCUGUAAGUGGUCGUGGGCGCCCUGAGACCAUUUUUACACAAGUGAAAAGAAAAGAUCCGAAUUUGCAGACAGCAAUGAUGUUCACGUGGCCAUGGUUGAAAAAUUACGCGAUUAACAACACAGAUGUAGAUGUCUGGAGCUAUGGAGGUGAUGGUCUGCCGUGUGAAGACAACGAUGGUGAUAAUCUGCCGUGUGAACCCAAAGAUGUUAUAAACUACUACAAUAACAAAGAUAUGAAUACGGCAUUUGCCGUCAAAGAAAAUUUGCUGAAGAAUGAUCCGAUUCUAACGUUCGUACAUCUUGGUCAGCUUGACUUGGCUGGGCACCAUUCCUAUUGGGGAUCUUCUCGGUACUACAGUUCCCUGGUGUCAGUGGAUUUGAAGCUCAAGUAUCUGAUCAAAUGCUUGAGUGAGAACCGCGAUUCAUCAGGAAAUUUAAUGUUGAAUGAGACAAUGAUAGUCAUAGUUGCGGACCACGGAGGCUGGAGAAGUAGUCAUGGCUUUGGUUUCAAACCGUUCAGUGCGUUGGUUGACAUUCCUGUACUUAUACGCGGUCCUGGUGUGCUUCGAAACAACAGUUUGGAAGACACAUACGUGUCGAAUUUAGAUGUGGCUGUGACCGUCCUGAACGCCAUUGGUGUAGAGAAAAGCAAGUUUAUGAAAGGUCAGGUUUUAGAACAGAUUUAUGCGUAAAAACGUUCAAAGUUGAUUUGCCCAGUAAUCCUGGGAAAUAUAAAAUAUAUAUCAAGUUAAAAUACAAUUCAUAAGGUAAGAAAGAAAUCAUUGAAGUGUAAUUAAAAUUGUGUUCAUGAAACACUUUAUGAUUGAUGAAAAUCUUUACUAUAGACAUAAUGAGAUAUUCUGUUGAAAAUGGCUAUGAUAUACAAGAUGAUUUCGUUAUUGUUGUUGUUUGUGCUCUAUACAUAAACGCCAGGUCUUUGUUUAGUGUUUGAUUUAUCAUCGACUUCAUCGUAAGGUAGAAAGUCUUCCGUUUCCUCAAGCGUCCAGUCAUUCUUAUCAGAAACUUGACCUGAUCUCUUUUGACGAGGCAUACUUUCAUAUUGGUGUUCCUCCACGGAAUCUCUUUCAGCGCGUCAUAAGUAUCCACGUCUGAAAAUAUAGGGAAAGAAAGUGAAAUGUGAUGUGAGUUCUGGCCUUGGAUCUAACACUGAACAAUUAAUGAUAUGACUACCUUAAGAUUGAGGACAACGUUAAUUAAAGAUUGCAGCAAAAUUUUAUUCCACUUUUAGUCAGUUAAAUGCAAUUAUAUUAAAUGCAGUUUAAAUGCAGUAAAUAUUAGGUAUUAUUUCUCGGGAAAUGCACGAGGGGGAAUGAUUCGCUGUCAGAAACUGUCAAGAUGUCAAAGAAUCGGUGUAGCUUAAAUUCCUCCCCGCUUCGUGAAUUUCUUCUCAUCU